GGAGUAUAUAAAGCUGUAACUAGAAAAGGUAGCGGUUCAGUUUGUGGUUGAAUGCCACGCUAAAACACGUGCGAGCUGUACAAUGUAUUUUAAGAUUCACAUCGUCCUCCUGGCCCUGGUCAGUCUGGUCAGUUCCUCGGAGGAUCAAAAAAAAUUGUCCGAAUCAAAUGUCGAACGAAAAACAGAUAAACGUGGCUUGAGUCAUUCCUAUGGUGAUUUCGGUGGUGGCGGCGGCGGCUUCAGCGACGGUGGUGGGGGUGACGAUGCGCACGCAUCAUACGAUCAUCAUGAACACGUGAAGACCGUCACCGUAGAAAAAAAAGUUCCAGUGCCCUAUGAAGUAACCAAGCACGUGCCCUACAUUGUCGAGAAGCAUGUGCCCUACGAGGUCAAGGUCAAAGUCCCCCAACCCUACACCGUCGAGAAGCAUGUGCCCUAUCCAGUCAAGGUAUUCGUCAAGGUUCCAGUUCACGUGCCCCAGCCCUACACUGUCGAGAAGAAAGUGCCCUACGAGGUCAAGGUCCCCGUCGACAAACCCUACGAGGUCAAAGUCCUCGUACCCCAACCCUACACCGUCGAGAAACACGUUCCAAUUCCCGUGAAGGUCCCCGUACCCCAACCCUACACUGUCGAGAAACACGUGCCCUAUCCAGUGAAGGUGAAAAUUCCCGUCCCCCAGCCCUACACUGUCGAGAAACACGUGCCCUACGAGGUGAAGGUUCCUGUUGAUAAACCUUAUCCGGUUCAUGUACCCAAACCCUAUCCAGUGACUGUCGAGAAGCCCUAUCCGGUGACGGUGGAAAAACCCGUGCCCUAUGAGGUCAAGGUCCCAGUGGAGAAACCCUAUCCAGUUCCUGUUGAGAAACCAUAUCCAGUUCAUGUCAAGGUGCCCGUUCCAAAGCCCUACACUGUCUACAAACAAGUUCCUUAUCAUGUGGAAAAACCCGUUCCCUAUCCAGUUAAGGUUCACGUCGACAAGCCCUAUAUUGUCGAGAAAGAGGUUCCCGUCCCUGUUGAGAAACCAGUUCCCUAUCCAGUCAAGGUUCAUGUUCCCGUACACGUUCAUCACGAAUACGGCCAUGGUGGUGGACAUGGCGGCGACUCUGGUGGUUUCGAGCCCAGCAGUGGUUACGGUGAAUACUCCCAUCACGGUUAAUAAAAUUUAGAAAUUCAAUUCUAGAAGAAAUUCUAAUUUUAAUCGAAAUUAAAUUGAGUUCGUGCGAAAUUUAUUUCAAGUAAUAUUCUAUUUUGCCCUCUAAAUAUAGUUAAAUUAAUAUGAAUUUUAUCAAUAUUUAGAGGGCAAAAAUUUCAAAUCAAAAUCAUACAUAAAAGUCAAAAAUAAAGAACAAUCAUAAAUAAUUUUCACUACCAUUAGAAAAGUUCACUUCCACAGAAGUGAUAAUUAUCGAAAAAAAUCAAUUUCAGUGAUAAAUAAAAUCGCACGACUCUAUUAAAUUCGUCAAGUGGAGCGUCGGA